ACUUGCCAUGUCCUUGUGGUUUUCUCUUGCGUUGAUCGAAAUAAAUACGCUUAUAAUAAUCGCAUUGGAAUUGAGAAGGAAGUGUGUACGAUGAGUGCUAACGCCUAAAGUUUGUUGUGAAAAUUCACAACAAACUGAGCUGCAUCGGAGUGUGUUGAUGUGUCGUGGCCGUGACUAAACUCUUGGUGAGGGAUUCUAGUGGGCCAUGGAGCACGAACACGCGAACACUAAUAUGAAAAAUAACGAGGGAGACGAGCAUCCCGUGAACAGCAAAAAUGUACCAGUCCAGAUGCCCUCAGCGUUUGCUGUAUUUUCACCAGAAUCAGAGGUGCACAUUGUUUCCUUCCUUGUGUUCUUCCCCCUUUCGUUCUCUCUUUCUUUCACUUUUGCUUGCCCUCGAACCUUUUAAAAUGCCAAUCCCCCCCCCCCCCUCUGAUUCGUCAGAGGCUGGAGAAUGUCCCUCUUUUUGUCUCUCUCUCUCGCUCUCCCUCUCCCACUCCCUCUCUCUCCUCAUCUCUGAUUAGAUAUACCGAUUCCUCAUUCAAUGGACGUCAUUUAGUGCAGUCUGCCUUGAGUUGCUUUCUCGCUUCACGCUCGAUUUCCUACCAUUCUUCCCUUAUUAAGUAUUCGUGUAAUAUUAAUAGUCAUGAAUAUCUACUAUUAGGAGUGCAGGGAAAGAGGCAGAUCUGUGCUAACAUGAGCUCAAACAGGGGAACAGCUUACUGACAGAAGCAGAGGACGCCAAAAGGGAUCUAAGAAACUUUAGAGAAAAGCACUGAGCUGAUGAAGAACAGUGGGAAUUUACCUAAAUUCUGAUGGAUUAUCGUUUUAUUUGAACACUGGCCACAGACACGUCGUGUUGCAGUUUAUAUCAUCUUGAUAUCAUUUGCUCGUUCAUUUUUGUUUUGUACCAUCGAAAUUCUUGUCUUUUGAAAUCCCCCGGAAUCUUCGCAGAUGUUAGUGCACAGUUUUUCCGCGAUGGAUCGCCACGACGGCACCAGCAAUGGCACAGCUCGGUUACCCCAGCUGGGCAGCGUGGGUCAGUCUCCGUACACCAGCGCUCCUCCACUCUCCCACACGCCCAACUCAGACUUCCAGCCGCCAUACUUUCCACCACCAUACCAGCCCAUUUACCCACAAUCUCAGGACCCUUACUCUCACGUUAACGACCCGUACUCCAUCAACUCUCUGCACGCCCAGCCGCAGCCGCAGCACCCGGGCUGGCCCGGCCAGCGACAGAGUCAAGAGAGCAGUCUGCUGCACCAGCACCGCGGGUUACCACAUCAGCUGUGCCGAGAGUACCGCAGAGAAGUGCUGCUGCCGUCGGGUCACGGCAUCGAGACCGGACUCACGGAUUCAAUCCCUAUACAUGGAAUACCUCACUCUUUAGAAGAUAUGCAGCACGUUGAAGAUCAAGGAAUUCACAUCCCAGACCAAACUGUAAUCAAAAAAGGUCCUGUCUCCAUAUCCAAGACCAACAUCUCUGCAAUACCGAUAAACAAAGACGGGCUUUUUGGCGGUGUGGUAAACCCAAACGAAGUGUUUUGUUCGGUUCCGGGUCGUCUCUCACUUCUCAGCUCAACCUCAAAGUACAAGGUCACGGUAGCGGAGGUGCAGAGACGUCUCUCUCCGCCUGAGUGCCUAAACGCCUCUCUACUCGGUGGGGUCUUGAGGAGAGCAAAAUCUAAAAACGGCGGAAGAUCUUUAAGAGAGAAACUUGACAAAAUCGGAUUAAAUUUACCAGCAGGAAGACGCAAGGCCGCCAAUGUUACCCUCCUGACGUCACUGGUGGAAGGUGAAGCUGUGCAUCUGGCCAGAGAUUUCGGUUAUGUAUGUGAGACUGAGUUUCCAGCCAAGGCGAUGGCUGAAUACGUGAACCGACAGCAUUCCGACCCAAACGAACAAGUCCAAAGAAAAAACAUGUUAUUGGCAUCGAAACAAAUCUGCAAAGAAUUCACGGACCUGCUCUCGCAAGACCGCUCGCCCCUGGGGAAUUCACGUCCACAACCCAUUCUCGAGCCCGGGAUACAGAGCUGUUUGACCCACUUCAGUCUUAUUUCUCACGGAUUCGGGACUCCUGCCAUGUGCGCGGCCCUCACGGCGCUGCAGAACUAUCUGACGGAGGCCAUUAAAGCCAUGGACAAAAUGUACUUGAACAACAACCCCAACAGCCACAACGAGACGGGCUCUAAAGCGGGAGACAAAGAUGAGAAACACAGAAAGUGAUGUUCAACCACCACACGGCAAUUAAAGUGGAAAAUGCAUAGAUCGAGCACACUAGUGAACAAGACGAGUCAUUGACGCGACUCCACCUCCUGAUCUUGACAUUUUGAACGCGUUUCAUUUUUUUAAACAAUAUAAAACAGUUCACCUUGGGAUUCGUUGGAAAAAGCAUUUCUCUAAAUCAAAAUAAAAUGACAAAAUCCGAGUGGCAAUGAGAGGAGUAGCCUAUGUGUCGGCCACAACAGAACUUUCUUAAGAACUCAUUUUCUUAUGAGUUCAGUGGACUGAAAUCCCGCAUUGUCCCUUCAAUAUCCCAUUUACGAUUGUAGCCAUGUGACAGGAAGCUGAAGAGGAUGAUUUUUUAUCAGUAUUGUGAAUAAUAAACUUGGAAAAAAAACACAAAAAGGAAUCCACAGCUCCAUGCCAUGACUUCAAGUUCGCUCUGAUCGACCAACUUGAACUUUGAAUUUCAACACGAUUCACGGUUAUAUGAGGGAAUCUGUGUUCAUGUAUGUAUAUAUUUAUUUAUGUGUAAUUUAAUGGGAAUUGUAAAUAUGGUACGUCUGUUAAAAUUCCUUUUUUAUUUAUCUGGUGCCUCCUGUUUUAGUGGGUUUGAAUAUUCGCUUAGUUCUUCAUGUGGUUUUAUGGUUCUUAGAAAACAGAAGUUUGGGGUAUUCUUCUCUGGGAUAUUUCAAUUCAGCCCUCUUGUAGCAUGUUGAGGCGACACUGAAGCAAGUGAACAAAUUGAAAUAAAUAAACAUCAACUUCUCUAUAUAUUAUUAUUAUUAUGCCAUUCCGUUUUAGAACGAAAAAGGUCAUUACAGAGACCCUUACGAUGCUAGUUUUGUGUUUCUAUCUUGUUUUUAUACGAGCUUUUUAUGUGUUGUGCCAAUUACCUCUUGUUCUUCCCUCAAAGCACCACAAGAGCAAUAAAUGGAUAUUGUCUUAUGAUUUUCUUUCGAAUAAUUUUACAACAUUUGGGACCAUCUAAUACGUUGUAUGUCCACUGUCUAAAUUGGAGGCGGUUUUAUCUGUAUUGUAUCAACCUGUGCUGGCAAUAGCUCCCAUGCCUGUCAAUGUACUAUAGUUCUUUGUUGCCCAGAAAAAAAUAAAUAUUUGAUACGCUUCA